ACAUAAGUCGUCCCUGCAAACAUCCGAACUACUCUCCUCUUCUGAGCUAGCACGCGUUCGCACCUCACGACAAGAUGCUUCCGGUGGCGCUGGCUAUCCUUCUGGCGACGGCCGCGGCGGCCAACUACUGCUCGCUGUCCUCGUGCCCGGCCAACUCGCACACCAUGUGUAAGUACCCGGACAGCGGCGCCGCCGGCGCCUGCGGCACGGUGCACGAGCGCGGCACGAGCGCCGCGGACCGGGCGGAAAUCCUCAGCGCGCACAACGCGAUCCGCCAGGCGGUGCGCAGCGGCCAGUACGCCUCGGAGAACCUGCCGGCCGCUGCCGCCAUGCCCGAUCUUGUCUGGGACAACGAGCUGGCCACAGUGGCGCAGCGUUGGGCUGACCAGUGCGCCUCCGGCCACGAUCAGUGUCGCAGCGUGGCUCGCUUUUACGUGGGCCAGAACCUCGCCUGGAGCUGGGGCGGCGCCAAGGACUGGACGAACAGGGCGAUCGGUCAGUGGUUCCAUGGAGAGCUGCCGAACUUCCAGCAGAGCGGCCUGAAGUUCACCUCCGGCAGGGACCCGGUGUCGGGCGGCGUCAUCGGCCACCUGACUCAGGUCAUCUGGGCGGGCACCACUAAGGUGGGCUGCGGCUACAUCGCCGUGCAGGACGACACCUGGGUGAAGCGCACUUUUGCCUGCAACUAUGGACCCGGCGGCAACAUCAGGAAUUGGAACAUCUACCAGGCCGCCUAGAAACCGCUCGAAGCGUAGACUGCAGGCCCUGCAAGUCACCAGACUGAAGGCCUCAUUACCGACAGCUCAUUACGAUUCACAUCGAAGUGUCAACUUUUGCGAUGUUUUGCAAACUGGGCAGGCCUCGCUAUGUUAUCGGCGAUUGGGUGUGUUCUCUCUCGUGCCGUGAAUCGUGGGCACGAACUAUAUCUAAAUGAUCGCAUGAAAGCUCUCUGUUUGAUUUGAACCUUAUUGUCGUAACCCAGAUCCAUGAGGAUCGCUUCUUCCGGGGAAAUUUGUGUCUAUGUUACCCAGCAAAUGUGUGUGUAUGUCCAUGUUCUUCAGCAAA